CAAUGCUAGCCAGACAGAGCUAGACAAUCGCGAAUCGUCCACCAACCCCACCACCACGUUUCCUUAAGAUCGAUGACCCUUAUGUUGUGGGGGCGAAUCUUCCCCGACUUCCAAACGCGCUGGAUGAUGUAUUGACGAAGUGUUUUGCUCGCUCCUGCUCGCCGAAUACGAGGGAGGCUUAACAACCGUACACGAGGGACUGCCACACCAAGUAACUCCCUGCAUGGACACACACAACACCACAACCAUGGCGCACUCGUCCAUGGCUAUGCUCACGAUGCCGCCGCGCUUCCAAAUAGAGCUCGACCGAACCGACCCCGAUGUCCCUCUCCGCGCCUCGCAGUCGCACAUCCACCACACGUGGGCGCGCACCUUCCACGCCCGUCCGGAGUUGUAUAUCCGACCGCAGAGCUUGGCAGAGAUACAGAAGGUUGUUACGCUCGCGCGGCGCAUGCGUCGUCGUGUGGUGACAGUGGGAUGCGCACACUCGCCUUCAGACCUCACGUGCACGUCGGCGUGGAUGGUGAACCUCGACGACUUCAAGGAGGUUUUGAAAGUGGAUACCGAGCGUCAGACCAUGACCGUGCAGGCGGGCAUACGGAUGCAUAGUUUGAACGCACAGGCGAAGGAGCAUGGGCUUACCAUGCCGAAUCUGGGGUCGAUCGAUGAGCAGUCAUUGGCGGGGGCGAUUGGGACAGCGACACACGGCAGCUCUAUGCGCCAUGGACUGUUGUCUGAUCGGGUGCAGAGUCUACGUAUUGUGCUGGCAAACGGGCAAGCAGUAAAGUGUUCGCCAUCACAGUCGCCCGAUCUCUUCCGCGCAGCAUUAGUAUCACUUGGCGCAUUGGGUAUCAUUGUUGAGAUUGAGUUCCAGAUGGUCGAGGCCAACGACAUUGAGUGGAUUCAGACGAUAAAACCUAUAGAAGACGUGCUUGCGGACUGGAACAACGGACUCUGGACAUCAGAUGAAUUCGUGCGCGUCUGGUGGCUUCCAUACAUGCGCCGAGCAGUCAUAUGGCGAGCAAGCAAGACAGACAAAGCCCACGUCAAACCUGCAUACAACUGGUACGGCGGUAGUGUCGGCUACCACACCUACCACAUUCUGCUCUGGAUCUCCCAGUACGUUCCACGCGUCCUGCCCUGGGUCGAGUGGUUCGUAUUCGGCAUGCAAUACGGCUUCAAAGAUGGCGCUAUCAUCUCCGCCGUCGAAGAACAACGCACCGGUCUGCUCAUGAACUGCCUCUACUCCCAAUACGUGAACGAAUGGAGCAUCCCCCUCGAGAAAGGUCCCGAAGCCCUCACCCGCCUCACCAACUGGCUCCACGGCGACGAAAAAGGUUCCGGCCUCCCCUUCAGCACAAAAGGUCUCUACGUCCACUCUCCCAUCGAAGUCCGCAUCGCCAACACCGUAGGCAGGGAACCACGUCCAUUCCUCGACACAUCGUUUCCCGACACGCCAUCCCUAUACCUAAACGCCACGCUCUACCGCCCAUACAAUCAAGACCCACCCUGCCGCGAACGCUACUACGAAGCCUUCGAGCACCUGAUGAAAGAAUUCAACGGCCGCCCCCACUGGGCCAAAAACUUCCAGUCCGUCGACCACACCUACCUGUCCUCCGUGUACGGCGACGACCUCGCCGAAUACACCCGCGUGCGCAACGAAGUCGACCCCGAAGGCAUGUUCCUCGGCGCCUGGCACCGCCGCACGCUCCUCCCGUCCAAGACCGAGAUGCCCAUCUUCCCGCUAGAAGAGAAGGAGGUCAUACGCCGGACGCGCAGGACGGGCGGUAUGGACUGGAUUGGCGAGCAGGCGCGCUGGUGGGACGGCGGCAUCGAUGUGUUUGAGAAGGCGGGGAGUGAGAGCGGAGAGAGCGGAGAGAGUUUCGAUUAUAUGACUGGGGCUGAGGCGGAGAAUAGUGUCUUGCUUGAGGGGCUGAGUGAUGGGUCGAUGUCUGAUGAUACGGAGCAUGGGGAGGAGGAGUUUGAGGAGAGCUCCAGUACGCAGGUUGAGCAGAGGAUUAAGGAGGGGAGUGGGAGUGGGACGGGCGUGUUUGAUAAGAUGUAGAGUUUAGACUUGGAAAAGAUUUUCGUGAAAUGUGUGGUUGUAGGAAGCUUGAUCUUUUUUCGGCCGUGCAUGCCAACUCCACGGUCCAUCUCUCCGCAUUGUUUGUAGUUUCCCUCCGUCUGACUUACAUCUUAUAUACGUUGCGGCAAAAUUCUCUACAAGUAGCCACUCGAAGUCCACGACAUUGAAUCCCCC